GGCGGUCAGAAGAAAUAAGUGAUGUAUCACAGGUUAAACUCGAGACCGAUAGAACUUCUGAAACAACUUCCUCUCCGCACUGCGUUAAAAGGCGGGAAAGCAGCUUUUUUACAAACCGCAUGACUGGGAAACGUCACUGCGAAGUUGUCAUACUGGAAACCUUUAGUGUGUUUUAAUAUGUGCUAGCGCGUUUUUUAGCUACACGGCAUUCAAUCGUUUGGAAACUUCUUUAUUUGCAACAUGACGGUUAAAUAUGUCUUUUUGACGCACCUGUUACUCUUUUGGGCUGGUUCCGAUUUUGGCGCAUCUGAUGCUGCUUGGAGAAGUGCGCACGACAGCACGACAGACGCGCUGGUGGCCACAGAUGCGCUCUCACAGCAUAUGCUUAAACUGUAUGAGAAGUACAAUAUUGAACCUAACCGACUCAAAGAGGGAAAUACUGUAAGAAGUUUUAAAGCAAAACCUGAGAAUGUGGAAGAGAGGGUCUCGUACUGGCUGAAUCUUACAUCCCUUCAGGGGUCUGAGGUGAUUCUCACAUCUACAUUUCACUUUUUUGUUGACAAACGGCCACGCCAGAGGUCCUGGUUCUGCAAGCGCUUGAAGAACCCCUCUUGUCGCAUCCCAGACCUACAUCUGCUACCCUCUGUCCGUCUCCUUUUCCGCUCAGCCUCGGGAACGCUACUUGGAAACAUCACCGUGGUUCCUCACAGACGUGGGACUUGGCAGAGCAAGGAUGUGUCUGUCAUUAUAAAAGAGGCCAGAGAUAAGAAUCAUCUUUUGAUCACCGUGGAGUUUGACUAUGGAGAGCAAUAUCAAAGGUAUCAGGACCAGCUCCCACAGUCCAGCCUUCCAUACUUGCUGGUGUAUGCCAAUGACCUGGCCAUUUCAGAGCCCAACAGCGUGGCCGUGAGCCUACAGAGAUAUGACCCUUUCGUUGCAGACCAGCAGCCAACUCGGUCUCCAGACUCCGCACCUGACAUACGUGUGAAGCGGGAACUGGACUUGGACUUCUCUGAUCCCAUUGAGAACAACGAGCUCCCGGAGGUGGAGUACAACAGCUUCAAACAGCACGAUAUGUGGGAAAGCGCUUACUUUGCGCUCAAGCCAAAGCCCUUUAAAAAAGAGCGUCGGAGGAAAGGCCAGGAGCAUGCUGAUGGAUUCGGCAAGUCUCAGGUUCUCCGGUUUGAUGAGAAAACCAUGAAGAAGGCUCGGAGGAGACAGUGGAAAGAACCUCGCAGCUGUUCCAGAAGGUACCUGAAGGUGGACUUUGCAGAUAUCGGGUGGAACGAAUGGAUCUUGUCUCCCAAAUCUUUUGAUGCCUUCUACUGCGCGGGAACGUGUGAAUUCCCAAUUCCAAAGGUGGUCCGCCCCUCCAACCAUGCAACCAUCCAGAGCAUAGUCAAGGCCGUUGGGAUAAUUCCAGGUAUCCCAGAGCCCUGCUGUGUCCCGGAGAAGAUGAAACCCCUCAGUGUACUCUUUCUGGAUGAGAGCAAAAACAUUGUGUUGAAGAUCUACCCCAACAUGUCUGUGGAGACAUGCGCUUGUAGAUAGACUCGCUGGUCAGAGGAAAGAAAGAAAAAUGGGCAUUGUUGUGGUUUCGACACCCAAAUUUACCUUGAAGAGGCAUAUUGUCUUUAGUUUGCACUUGUUAGAAAGUGCACACAUUUUAAGGACUGCAUUUCAUCUUUUAUAAAUGCGUAUCAGUGAUAUUUUAAUUGCCUGUUUAUCCACAAAGGACUUCUUGUAAACUUUUUCAUUGAACUAGCUGAGUAACAUAAGCACUUACUCUCAUAAAUAUUCCUUAAAAAUUGAUCUCUGUGACAUAAAUGUUUGUUGGACUCAUGCUUGUAGAUUACUGGAUGUACAAUGAGAUUUUAUAACAUAUUGAAUAUAACAAACCUUCUUUGGCAGAAGAAUUAUUUUAUUAUUCAGAUAAAUGUUGUAGUGACAGGUUAAGAUAACAUCUUGGUGUUCAUUAGAAAUCAAAGUGUAACUUGAUAUUUGGGUCAUUUAAAAAGUAUAAAUGAUGAAGUCCAUGUGAAAAAUGUGAACCCUUUAAUCUACAUCAAACUAUUAGUGUGACUGCAAAGCAGUCUUGUAGUUAUUAAUCUGAAUUUAGUUUUGAAACAGAACUUAAAAAUUCCCAGAAAGUGAAGUGUUGCUAAUCUCUGCUGGCUCAUUUUU